CAGUUCCUAUGUGGCCGCGGUUGAGCUGAGAAGUACGGUUUUCGUAGGUCGUCCCCACUUCUGGAUCCAAUCCACCGUUUUCUGCGGAUUUAGUUUCUUCAAAGUGUGGUGAUCGAUAGUUGAAGGACAAAAAAUUUGGAUCGAGUUUACUUCGAUGAACAAUUUCGCUCUAGAUCAAUAGCAGCACGAGCAGCUGUAAGGUACUAGUGGUACUAGUGCCGAGUGUGAAGUAGCCCCGGGCAAAGUGUGGGUGGUGAAAUUACAGCGAAGUGAACAUAAUGGGGGCUGAUAGUGAAAAGCCUGUGAAGGCCAGUGCCGAAGAGAUGGGAACUAACACCGCGGAAAUUUACGACGACGAGGGGUUGACGAAAUGGGGGAAGUUUUGUUUACGCCAUGGGAUCAAUCCGAAUUUGAUUAUGCUGAAAAUUACGCUGUUUGUUAUGUACGGAGCAACGUCUUCGCUGUUACCCUAUUUAACCAUUCACAUGCAGAGCACCGGUCUGACAGUGGAGGAAAUUGCAAUCAUUUACCUAGCGCUACCAUUCACAACGUUCCUCAGCCCUCCGAUUACAGGUUUCCUGGUGGACAAGUUCGGUCGCUACAAGCCGGUGGUGAUUAUGAGUUUGCUGCUAAAUGCAUUAUUUCACCACUCGUUGCUUCUAAUUCCGCAGCAGGAAAUUCCCGGAAAGCUACCGGAAGCAUACGUAAUGAGACAUCCGGAGACGGGAAACAUAGAGGUUUGGUGGUCACCGUGUCCUAGCCGUGAGUGCCCGGAAGAGGAGGAAAUCGACAUAGUGGUGGAUCAGUGUUUGGAUCAUUGUUUGCUGUUGGAGCAGAACCCGAAAAUAGAGCUGGUGUCACCACCCACUUUUGCACCUGUAAUGACCACAUCGGACGUGGGAGAUAAAGAUGACUUAGAACUGUUUAUCAAUAAGAAAAUCAACCGGAAGAACAAAACAUUGGACGUACUUAGUAGUUAUAGCUCGAGCACUACGGAAUCGUAUAUAGAUAAACAAAUACUUAAUCACGAGCCCGACUCGGAGGAGAGCGAGGAGAGCUGGGUCAUCGCCGGCAGUGGAGACUCGGCGUUUUUUGUACUUGACAUGCAUCCCGACCUGGGGGAACCGAUUGAACAGCUUGGUAUGGAGAUCGAACAUGAUGACAAUGAAACGGUGACCGAUUUCAAAACUCGCUUUGGCGUGAAGCUUCUAUGGAAGCAGGGGGUCAAUGUAACGGCACUGGAGGAGGAGGAUCUUCGCUGUGGGGGAUUGGUGCUCUCGUCUAACAUGUCGUUGAAUAUCAACCAGCGGCUGAGUGAAUUGGCAGCGGACUGUAUGGUCCAACGGUGUCGGUUCCGCAAAAACGGACCAGACAUAUGUCCACCGGACUAUAUGGAAAGUGAUGAUAGAGUUUUCUGGAUAUAUUUUGGACUGCGGUUCCUGGCCACGACGAUGCUUUCCGCAGGGGUGACAAUCAUGGAUCCGAUUGCUCUGACGAUGAUCGAAAAGUAUGGUGGCGAUUUUGGCAGGGAGCGGUUGUUCUCGAGCAUUGGAAUGGCGAUCUUUUCUCCCAUAACGGGUAUCAUGAUCGAUUUCUUCUCGCGAGAUUUGGGAUACACGGAUUAUUCAGCUGCCUUUUAUACGUACGACAUUUUGCUAAUAAUAUCAUCUGUAACCGUGUUUUUGAUGCCUCUCGGAGAAAAGCUGCCGGCGGAUAAUGUGUUCAAGGAUUUGUGGAAUUUGUUGAAACUGAAACACGUCAUUAUAUUCAUCUGGUUCCUGUUCCUGUUGGGUAACUUCUGGGGCUUCAUCGAGAGUUUUUUGUUCUUGUAUCUGAAGGAGCUGGGAGCACCGAACUAUUUGCUUGGAAUUACGAUCACGGUUGGAACCGUUAGUAGCAUUCCGUUCUUGUAUGGCGCGGGACGCAUCACUAAGUUCUGUGGACAUGUUAAUUUGAUUGUGAUUGCCUUCAUUGCUCAUGCGUGUCGUUUGGUGGGAUACUCGUUAAUUGAGAACGCUUGGUGGUGCUUUCCGUUCGAAGCAAUGGAAGCGCUGUCCUGUCAUCUGAUGUGGGUUGCAGCUGCCACCUACUGCGCGCUGCUUGCCCCGAAGAGCCUCCUGGCAACGUUGAUAGGUGUCCUGGGUAUGGCUCACUUCAGUCUCGGUCGUGGAAGUGGCUCCUUCUUCGGGGGAUUCCUGAUCGGCGAAGUCGGAACGAGAGAUGCCUUCCGCUACAUGGGUUUGGUGGCCGUCGCUGGAGGGCUAGCGUACAAGUUCAUUCACGCCAUAUGGUUGCGGAAGUAUGACAACCCUGAUGCUGAUGAGGACGCGGCCGAGAAUGGAGAGGCGGAGAAAUUGAACGACACGAAGGAUAGUGAGGAGCCCAAAACUAAAGACCAAGGCACCUCAAUGUCCCAGGAACGGCUUUCGCUGAUGAUCAAAUAUAACCAGAUAGGCUCGCUAACAUCUCUACCGCGUGGUUCCAGGGGUGACGUCACGGACACCCUCUCGAGAAGGCGCAGCAGUUAUAAUAUCGAGUUUGUCCGUGCUCCCAAGGGCGGCGGAAGUGCUUCAAAGGUGGAUUUGCUGAAAUCGGCACUGGAAAUCAAUAACAAAAUCUCCCAUCCGCACCUGCGGAAAGAUGGCAAAGCGUCGGAUCAGUCGCUGAAUUCCAAACGAGCGGACAGUGCACCGCGGUUGAAUCCGGCGAAGAAUAUUUCACAGCCGGCGCUAAGUGCCGUUGUCGAUGAGAUGGGCAUACCGUCGGUUUUAAGUCGACACCGGAAAAAGCAUCAUCAGAGCGGUAUUUUGGUUAUGAAGGCCACUAGUCACGACGCCGAUUUGGAUCUGAGAAAUUAUCUGCGGGAAGCCGAUCGUCGUGAGUCCAUCACAGAAGUGGACAUGGACCACUACAAAGCCGAGUUAGCCAAGCAAGCAAGAGCACACGUGCUGAAUGACAUCCCGGAGCGUCCAGUCGAACCAAGCGAUAUGGUUGGCAACAGCCCAGUCAUCGUUCCUGCUGUAGUUAUCGGCUCCGCCAAUGGAACCAGCAUAAUAGACAAUCAGACUUCCAAAAACGAAACUUGAUAGUGAUUUGUCGCAUUAGUACCUGCAUUUUACCGUAUCUCAGAGGCAAUGUCAUCUACUAUUAAAUCAAACUAAAUACUGUAGUUAUUUUUCAGUCUGUUAUUGUUGAUUAGCAUAGUUGGUAUUUUGUAGUACGUUAUUGAAGUUACGUUUUGUAGAAUCUGAAUAAUUACAACGCUGAUAAUACAUUCGGAAUUAUAUUUUA